ACCCUUACUCUCACCGUCUCCCCCGUUCGAAGCAGCAGCAGCUGCCCUACCUUUCCGCCUCCUUCACACUUGACACCGUCUCCGUUCAACCUGUGGCCGUUCUAUCUUCCCUGUUGCUUCUAUAAACCCCUAAAACCCUUCACCAUACUGUCGACCAGGACAGCAAAUGACCCAGCUGGUAUUAUCGGGGUCCGGAUUAACUAAAUACCGUCGUUUGGUCCGGUAAUGUUGUCGUUCGACGUCGCCUCGACGCUUCUUUCGCGUCUCGGUUCUGCUCCCUCAUCCGCAGACUCCGACAUCACAUCCCCUUCAUCAGGCAGGUACUUCACACAUUAGGCUCUUAUUAUCCCAUUGCCUCUCUACACCCAACUUCCAGGUUGUCACCUAAUCCCAUUUACUCUAAGGUCACCGUGUCCACCGCAGUCUUUCCCCAGGUACCUGGACGUUUCCCAGAACCAACUCUCCUCACUCAAACCGUCUCCAGAAGGUGCCAAGCCAUUUGCUGCUGACAUUACAUCUCCACCAAAUAAUUCUCUCGCAGGUUCUUGGCCAUAAAGUCAACAUCGCAAUCCCAGACCAGAUGGUUCCUCCUUUCCGACAGGUAUCUGGUCAAUAUGUGACACUUCGCCCUCCACCGACCCAGUAGGUGUUCUUUUUAACCACCUCGGAGUAAGUGUCAUUCAUCUCCUGUCUGUCCCCAAGAAGUGUAAUUCAUAUAUGUAUACCCUCACCACUAGAACCCACCUCCGUUCAGGUACUACGUUAGUACCGACUAUGGAUAAAAUUACAGUCACGGAAUCCUUCUGAAUAUACCAAUAACCCCUUGAAACAGAAGACACCAAUAAUAUUUCCAACCAUGGCAGGAUAUUACGGUUUGGAAAACAAGGAAGUUAUCCGGAUCAAAGUAAAGAAAUGCGAUGGACUUGUGCAGCCUGAAUACAAGAAAUUCUCCAUUGAUCCACAGAUCACAUCUUUUGAGAUGUUACAAGGAAUUCUGGCAAAAGCAUUUAAUAUCAAAAGUGAUUUUUCUACCAGUUACUUGGCUAAAGCUUCUGAUGGCCAGAAAAUUUAUCUCAGCAUGUUGUCUGACUGGGAUAUGGAUGCGGCCUGCCAGUGUGCUUCGGAACCGUAUCUUAAGCUUAAAGUUGACCUGAAGCCAUUUGAGGAAGGUCUUGAAGAUUGGGACAUCAUAACCCCAGGGGACAUCCCUCAGCUGAAAGUGACAGCAAGCAUGUUUGAGAAGAACUCCUUUCUUGGUGCCUUGACUGGUAGCAUCACAAGCCACGUGGAGAAGACUUUAUCGCAGGUUCAAAAAGUCAUGGGUUUUAAAUCUUACGAAGACAAUGCUGUGAAAGCCUUAAAACCAGCCAUGACGGAUAUGGAGUUUCACAACUACUUAGACGUUGAUGGACAUCUCAUCAGACCCCAGGAACUCCGACUGAGUAUUUACCAAGGCGGUAUUGAACCAUCACUGCGUAAAGUGGUCUGGCGGCAUCUUCUAAAUAUUUUCCCUGAUAACAUGUCGGGGAAGGAGCGUUACGACUACUUGAAACGAAAGGAGCAGGAGUACUACAAGGUGCGGAAGCAGUGGAAGGCACAUUUAGAGACGGACACAGCUUCCGACGAAAUCAAGAACAUCAUUUCAGUGGUCAAGAAGGAUGUGUUAAGAACAGACCGGACUUAUAAGUUUUAUGCUGGGUCAGACGAUAGCAACAAUAUUCUGUCAUUAAUUCACAUCUUAGUAACCUAUGCAGUCACACAUCCUGAUAUCUCCUACUGUCAAGGCAUGAGUGAUCUAGCCUCACCUUUACUAGUCGUUCAGAAAGACGAGUCUCACGCCUAUCUCUGCUUUUGUGGCUUGAUGAAACAUAUGAAGAUCAACUUUCAUCCAAGCGGUCAAGCAAUGAAGAUCAAGCUACAGCAUUUGUCACUGCUUCUCCAACUCUACGAUCCUGUAUUCUACACUUACCUCUGUGAAAGCAGCCCGAAUCACCUUUUCUGCUUCCGAUGGCUUCUUCUGGAACUGAAGCGUGAAUUUCCUUUGGACGAUGCUCUUUAUAUGCUGGAGGUGAUGUGGAGUACGCUGCCUCCAGACCCGCCUGCUGUUGAACUCGAACUGACCGACCCGCAUUAUUCCCCCAGUUUAAUUUCCUCUUCACCUUCAUCCCCAACACUAAAUUUCCCCCAGAGCAUGUACGCCAAUUUCCUUGCACUUCGCCUAAAAGACGCUGCCAAAGCGCGAAACGUAGCUCAUUCGAAUAGUUACGAUUCCGACAAGACGACCGAUGCGGAGUCAAACGUGAGACUGAACGGAGUGAAGAAAUCUUCUAAUUGCAUUAACAUCCAAAUUAAUCAGCACGAUGUCUCACCUAUGGAAGAAAGUUACUCCGGUGGAGAUUUCCCAGCCAUGGAGGAUGCUACAGCCAAGAUGAUGCAGGCUCGUUCUUCAAGCAUCGAUAAGUCGUUGUGCAGUUCCCCUCCCCCUCAGUUGCUCAGUGGUAGUGAUGAGGAUGUGUUUGCAUUUGAAAGUUCUUCUUCCUCAUCAGGUAAAAGCAAGUUAAGUGUCGGAAGCAUCAAUUCGUGUCCCAAAACCGAUUCGGAAGAGACGAGAGACAACGGUUCUUACGAAGACACUCAGUUUCAUUUAUCUCUUGAGAAUGUAGAGAAAUUUCAAACCACGGAACCAUCCAGUUCAUUUCAUUCCCCAGACUCUGAAGUUCCAAAGACCAAAACAAAAGUAAAGCACAAACCGGCUCAGCUGUCUCUGACCGUGUCGUCCAAACCGAUGGUCACUCUGACUUCUCCAAACUGUGAUAAAAGUCACACUGACGAUGCUGACUAUGUUGACGCCACUGAUAGUGAGAACGUGACCCCGACAUCCUACGGCCAACAAUGCCCACAGUUUAGGUCAGCUGUUAAGACCCCGUCUCCAGGCAACCUGCCUCCCCUCCCCCUAUCACUUCCACUAACACUCCCACCACCCCCACUGCCGCUACCAUCACAAAUGAAAAAAGUGCACACUAACGACUCCAGUCUAUCUACUUCUUCUUCGUCUGUGGCGUCGUCUCAGAUGGUUACCCCAAGCGAGUCCCCCGCCAGUGGUGACCCCUCCCAUCUUCCUACGGUCCCUUGUUCCUUGCAAUCAUCGCAACAUCCGGACAUACCUCCACUUCCGUUGCCGCCUUCCAAUAUUUCAACAUCAUCAUCUUCACUGUCAUCUCCCCCUUACCCUCCCCCGGCAGACUCUGCCUCGACCCAUUCCUCCUUUGAUGCCAGCUCCCCAACCCAGCUCACUGUAAAUGGUUCCACUGGUGUGACCACCACCACCAUGUCUAAUCCUGCUUCUUCGCCAACCAACAUCACCAACACCAAUACCAUCACUACUGCUAAUACUUCUACUACUCCUGUAAAUGAUAAUGCUACUCUGGACCGGUCGCAGAAACUGCCUCCACCACAGGACUUUGGCGCCGGCAACCCAUUCCUCAUGUUCCUUUGCCUCACUAUCCUCCUCCAACACCGAGAUUUAAUUAUUAACAAGAAACUGGAAUGUGAAGAGAUAGAUAUGUAUUUCCAGAGAUUAACUCGCAAACAAAAUGUUCACAAAGUCCUUCACCAAGCCAGGACUCUCUACACGGAGUACCUUCGCAAUCAGCAGAAACUCGAUGAAGAAUUCAAAUCCAUUGAAGACAGUUUAAGUAUCUGAGACCCAUUCUUAAUGAUUUCAUUUGUCGGUAAGCGAAAGGAAAUGCAAACAAACCAGAAAAGCUAAGGAACUGUGAUCACGUUUUGUCGGUGUGUUCACCAUAUGAUGUUGUGUAUGAUUGCGCCAUUUCACAGUGUACCAUUAUGGUCGAACCAUUUGGGACCCAUCUCUACAGACCCACAACUUCCCCUUAUUUAAUAUUUCACCCUAAAAUAAACCUUGUAAAAUUUUGUAUAUUUACGAAAGUGCACAUAGAAAAAAAAAAAAUUGCACAUGCAUACACACACACACACAUACAUACAUAUAUGCACUCACCAACACAUAUAUAGACAUUGCAAUCUGUGACCUUUACUAUUCUGUCAACUUGUAUACAACUAUUUUUUGUUGUAUGUGUGUUGGUGUACAACACAAGCUUGACAAAGUGCAACGGUGUGCAAUGCAACACCAGCAUAUUAAUAAUGCUUUAAUGAAUUAAUUAUUUAAAAAAAAAAAACAUUCUCGUUAAUGUUUUUCAACCAUUGUCCUGCAGAUUUAUCUCAUUG